AUGGUGGGACCAUUAUCAAGUGAUUGUAAUGGUCAAGAGGGACCAUUAUCAAGUGAUUGUGAUGGUCAAGGCGGACCAUUAUCAAGUGAUUGUAAUGGUCAAGAGGGACCAUUAUCAAGUGAUUGUAAUGGUCAAGACGGACCAUUAUCAAGUGAUUGUAAUGGUCAAGAGGGACCAUUAUCAAGUGAUUGUAAUGGUCAAGAUGGAUCAUUAUCAAGUGAUUGUAAUGGUCAAGAGGGACCAUUAUCAAGUGAUUGUAAUGGUCAAGAGGGACCAUUAUCAAGUGAUUGUAAUGGUCAAGAGGGACCAUUAUCAAGUGAUUGUGAUGGUCAAGACGGACCAUUAUCAAGUGAUUGUGAUGGUCAAGGCGGACCAUUAUCAAGUGAUUGUAAUGGUCAAGACGGACCAUUAUCAAGUGAUUGUAAUGGUCAAGAGGGACCAUUAUCAAGUGAUUGUGAUGGUCAAGGCGGACCAUUAUCAAGUGAUUGUAAUGGUCAAGACGGACCAUUAUCAAGUGAUUGUGAUGGUCAAGACGGACCAUUAUCAAGUGAUUGUAAUGGUCAAGAGGGACCAUUAUCAAGUGAUUGUAAUGGUCAAGACGAACCAAAAAACUUUUCAAUGCCUUGA